AUGUGGAAGGGGGUUGAGGGCACAAAUCUGUUGCAGGAGAUUUUGUCUGCUGGCUGCCAGAACAGCAGCUGUCAGCCUGAUCAAAAGAAGGCAGAGCAUUUUCACAGCAGACUCUCUGCCAAGAUGAUUGGAAAAAAUGCUUUUAAAAAAUCCCUGCUGUUAAAUGAGUAUUCCUAUGUGAAAUUAAACUCAAAUGACCAAAAAGGCAUCAAAGCGGUCCAGUUCCUACUGGUGAUUUCAAUAGUUGGGUUUGUUGUUCUGAUGGCUAUUUACAUCAUAAAACCAGUCAACAUAGAUUUUCCAGAGGACAAAGAAACCAUUAUCAGUAGUUACCAGCAGAUGGAGGAGCAAGGACUCUUUGGUGAUAUCUUGGAAGACAAGAUGAUUAAUGAAGACAAUGUCAAUAGAUGUAAUGAUUCAUGCAAUUUUGAACUUGUGGAAAGUAUUCCUUAUGACAUGCCUUAUGAGACAAAUAGCACCACUGUGAAACCCUUGUACCAAGCGUGGAUGGGUCUUCUCAACAUGGCACAGGAAAGAAUUCAUGUGGCUUCUUACUACUGGUCUCUCACAGGAGAAGAUAUAAAAGUAAAUGACUCAUCUUCUGAAGAGGGUGAAGAUAUUCUGAAGAAGUUCGAAAGUUUACUUAUGGAGAAUGUCUCAGUGUAUAUUGCAACAAGCCUGCCAACUUUAGCUGUCAAUUCAACUGAUCUUAAGGUUUUGAAGAAAAAAGGGGCUCAUGUAAGAAGGGUCAAUUUUGGACAUUUGACAAAAGGUGUGCUGCAUUCCAAAUUCUGGAUUGUAGACAUGAAACACACGUAUAUUGGCAGUGCAAAUAUGGACUGGAGGUCAUUUUCUCAGGUGAAAGAAGUUGGUGCCGUGAUAUACAACUGCAGCUGCUUAGCCAAUGAUCUAUGGAAAACGUUCAGAACAUACUGGGAUCUUGGGCACGCUAAUGCCACCGUUCCCUCUCCAUGGCCGAGCAAUUAUUCCACUAAAAUUAACAAGUAUAGGCCUCUGGAUGUGCAGUUUAAUGGAACCUUGACAACAGCCUAUUUUUCUGCCUCUCCUCCUGUGUUUUGCCCAAAGGGUCGUACUCACGACCUCAUUUCUAUUAUUGAUGUUAUAAAUGAUGCAGAAGAAUAUGUGUAUAUCUCAGUCAUGGAGUAUUUUCCUACAACCCGCUUCAGACACCCAGCAAAAUACUGGCCAGACAUUGACAAUGCUCUGAGACGUGUGGCAUUCAACCACAAUGUACAAAUCAGGCUUUUGAUCAGCUGCUGGCUUCACACUGACCCAUCCAUGUUCCAUUACUUGCAGUCACUUCAUGCUCUCAGUGAUCCACAUACCAACAUCACCAUCGAUGUGAAAAUCUUCAUUGUUCCAGUUCUGAAUCACACAAACAUCCCUUUCGGGAGAGUGAACCACAACAAAUAUAUGGUCACUGAUAAAGUGGCGUAUAUUGGGACUUCCAAUUGGUCAAAAGAUUACUUUAGUAAUACAGCUGGAGUUGGGCUGAUUGUCAACCAGACUUCAACAGGUCCUCAAAGAAAGAAGCCGGUUAUCCAGGAACAAUUAAAAAAUCUUUUUGAACGAGACUGGAAUUCCAAAUAUUCAGUAAAUAUGGAAGAUCUACAUGGGCAGAAAGACUGUGCCUGGGAAGAGGGAUUAAGUUACUUAUAAACUUAUCAACAUUUUUCUUUCUGUUUGAAAUGUAACAUACACGAACUACAUAGUUUAUUUUUUAUUAUUUGUCAAAGAAAUCAUUUCCUACUGGUAUGGCCCACUACUUAAUGUUCUUGGAGCAUAGUUCAACAUACCUGUAUAAUCAAAUAAUUUUUGGCAGGUAAUAUGUGAAAUAUUUGUAUAUUUGUCUGGGACAGCAUUAGGCAUGGGCCACAUAAGCAACAACCCAGGGCACAAUAAGGACCAGAUUUAAUCACCUAAAGAUGCAGAUUCAUAGAUUACAAGGUCAGAAGGGACCAUUGUGAUCAUCGAAUCUGACCUCCUGUAUCACACAAGCCAUAGAGCGUCCCCAGAAUAAUUUCUAGAGUAGAUGUUUCAGAAAAAUAUCCAAUCUUUAUUUUAAAAUUGUCAGUGAUGGAGAAUCCCCCAUGACCCUUCGUAAAUUGUUGCAAUGAUUAAUUACUCUUACCAUUAAAUUUUUACACCAUAUUUCCAGUCUGAAUUUGUCUAGCUUCAACUUCCAGCCACUGGAUCCUGUUAUACCUUUUCUCUGCUAGUUUGAAGAGCCCAUUAUUAAAUAUUUGUUCCCAAUGUAAGUACUUACUGGUUGUAAUCAAGUCACCCCUUCAUCUUCUCCUUAUUAAGUUACAUAGAUCGAGCUCUUUGAGUCUCUCUCACUAUAAGACAUGUUUUCUAAUCCUUUAAGCAUUCUCCUGGCUCUUUAGCAGGGCCGGCUCCAGGCACCAGCGCAGGGGGCAGGUGCUUGGGGCGGCCAAGGGGAAGGGGCGACAUGUCUGGAUCUUCGGCAGCAAUUCGGCGGUGGGUCCCUCGGUCCCUCUUGAAGGGAAGGACUUGCCACCGAAUUGCCGCCGAAAAAUGAAGUGGCACAGUAGAGCUGCCACCAAAGUGCCGCUUUUUUCUUUUUCUUUUUUUUUCUUUGCCGCUUGGGGCGGCAAAAAAGCUGGGGCUGGCUC